CUCCAUGGACAGGGACUUUGCAUCUGCUCACCUCCCAGCUUUGGAAAGAAAAGAAGAAAAGUCUGUGUUGAUUUGCAUUUGGGAGAGCCUACCCCCUCCUAAAUUUCUGGGGGCAGAAAAAGUGAUUUGACCUUGGAUUGAUUAUAGAAGAAGGGACAGAAAGAGCCCAGAACAUUUCCCCAGAUGUUCCAGCUGUAACUUCUCCACUGUCCCCUUGAUGGAACCAUCAGAAAUGCCAUUGACUGGCUGGAUGUACAAGGAAGCGGAGAUGAGAAUUGGUACCCAGCCAGAUGAGGAGAGCAGGGGGUGGAGGCCCGGAGACAGGAGCACUGCCCCUGCACCCCUCCCCCCUGCCCUGUCCUUUCUCCUCCUCUUGCCACUGGCCAGUGCCCUACAGCCCACUUCACUGCCCUUUCCAGAGCUGAGGCUGGUGGGGGGUCCGAGCCGCUGCCGGGGGCGCUUGGAGGUCCUGCAUGGUGGCUCCUGGGGCAGCGUCUGUGACGAUGACUGGGACGUGGUGGACGCCAAUGUGGUGUGUCGUCAGCUGGGCUGUGGCCUGGCACUGCCCGUGCCGCGGCCCCUCGCCUUUGGCCAGGGCCGAGGCCCCAUCCUGCUGGACAACGUGGAGUGCCGUGGGCAGGAAGCUGCUCUAAGCGAGUGUGGCAGCCGAGGCUGGGGAGUCCACAACUGCUUUCACUACGAGGACGUGGCCGUCCUGUGCGAUGAGUUCUUGCCGACGCAGCCCCCAACGAGGAAAGUGUUAACCAGUAGGGUGCCCUCUACAACUCCCCCGAAUGGGAGAGGUGAGGGCAGCGUGCGCCUGGUGGGGGGUGCGGGCCCUUGUCAAGGCCGAGUGGAGAUCCUGCACAGCGGACUGUGGGGCACAGUGUGUGACGAUGACUGGGGACUGCCAGACGCCACCGUGGUCUGCCGCCAGCUGGGCUGCGGGGAAGCCCUGGCUGCCACCACUAACGCUUUCUUCGGCUAUGGCACGGGUCACAUCCUGCUGGACAACGUGCACUGUGAAGGUAGCGAGCCUCGCCUGGCAGCUUGCCUGAGCCUGGGCUGGGGCGUGCACAACUGCGGCCACCACGAGGAUGCAGGAGCACUCUGCGCAGUUCUAGGCCCCCCCACUCUCACAGCACUGCCACCCUCAGCCACGAGAGAGGACUGGGCCUGGCACACACAGCCAGAGGCUACAAGAGUUGGUGUCCUGCCUUCCAGGGAGACAGCACUGUUCACCACAGCCUCCUGGGCCGCAGGGAAGAAAAGCGGACGGCUGCGGCUGGUGGGUGGCCCAGGCCCGUGCCGCGGCCGCGUGGAGGUGAUGUACGCCGGGGGCUGGGGUACCGUGUGCGACGAUGACUGGGAUUUCGCGGAUGCGCGUGUGGCCUGCCGCGAGGCGGGCUGCGGGCCUGCGCUGGGCGCCACGGGCCUCGGCCACUUCGGUUACGGCCGCGGCCCAGUGCUGCUGGACAACGUGGGCUGCGCUGGCACGGAGGCCCGCCUAAGCGACUGCUUCCACCUGGGCUGGGGUCAGCACAACUGCGGUCACCACGAGGAUGCGGGCGCGCUCUGCUCAGGCCCAGAGGAGCUAGGACUGCAAGUCCAGCAGGAUGGUUCUGAGACCACCCGGGUGCCCACUCCUCGACCCAGGGACGGGCACCUACGUCUGGCCAAUGGAGCCCACCGAUGCGAGGGACGUGUAGAACUCUUCCUAGGGCAGCGGUGGGGCACUGUUUGUGAUGAUGCUUGGGACCUGCGGGCAGCUGGUGUCCUGUGCCGCCAGCUGGGCUGUGGCCAGGCUCUGGCAGCCCCUGGAGAGGCCCACUUUGGCCCAGGUCGAGGCCCUAUCCUCUUAGACAAUGUCAAGUGCCGUGGGGACGAGAGCGCCCUUUUGCUCUGCUCUCACAUCCGCUGGGAUGCCCACAACUGUGACCACAGUGAGGAUGCCAGUGUCCUGUGCCGGCCAUUGUGACCCAGCUUGCUCUGCAGACCACCUCUUCUGGGAGCCUACUGUGGCCUGCCCCUCUUCCUGCAGGAAGUCUUUCUCCUGUGACAACUGCAGUUCACUCAGCCCUUCCCUCCCUCCUGGGAGACAGCCUGCCCAGAUGGUAUGGUCCUGCAUUGGAA